CCUGAUAAACGGUGCCUGUCAAACAUCAAUGCUAACAUUUAGAAUGAUUUUUUUACAUUGUAGCUUCCUGCAUGUUGAGGUUGGCCACAACGGAAGUGAGUCAGAUGGUGGCAUAUUCAGUAGAAGCAAACUGCAACCCAUGGUGGUUGAUGGCACUCUUGGAGUUCCGCCAGACACAAGCCUUGGAACAAUUGGCAACGUCCCGUAUUUUUUUGUUGGUGACGAGGCAUUUCCUCUAAAGACCUACAUGAUGCGGCCAUAUUCUAAGAAAAGUCUUCAUCCUGUUCUCACUGGGAGCACCACAGCUUCCACAGCCCAAUCCUCCACUACACAAAGCAGUGCAACCAGCCAAUUUGAGAAGCUGCACCAAAAGAGGAUAUUUAAUUAUAGGUUGAGCAGGGCUCGUAGAGUAGUCGAAAAUGCUUUCGGUAUACUCGCUCAGAAAUGGCGAAUUCCUCGUCGCCCCUUUAAAGCUAAAGAAGAAAACAUCAGAAAAAUUGUGUCUGCAUGUGUGGCUUUGCAUAACUUCCUUCUGAAGGAGUCGCCUGCUUCGCGAACUAUGUAUUGUCCUCCAGGCACCACAGACAGUGAAGACUGGCAAGGCAACCGAACAGAUGGGAGCUGGAGAAGCGAUGGUGUAGUCAACGGCGCACUGGCUACAUUACCCGGCACAGGAUGCAACUCGGCAAGGUAA